AGCUCUGUUGUUCCUCUCCCAGCAGUACAAGCCUUCGGCCACCGUUGGCAUUGGUAACCUUCGCCAACAUGGCCUCCCAAGAUUCUACGCUCGUUAUCGACAAGGUCACCGUGACCUCCCUGCUCGCCGUUCUCGUCCUGCUCGUCUCCGCCUACCUUAGCUCCCUCCGCCUGCUCCCGCGCGGUUCCAGCACAAAAGUGCGCAUUCUUUUCGUGUGGCACCUUUUCGACGCGCUGAUUCACUUCUUCUUCGAAGGAUCUUUCCUGUACAACUGCUUUUUUACGUCGUUGCACAUUGGUCAACGUGCCAAGUACGAGUACUUCACCGGCCGCGCUCCACUGGAACUCUACCCCAAGGAUGUGCAUUUCCUGGGCCGCAAGGACAGAUACUAUGGCAGUUUCUACGGUACCAACCCGACAGCGUUGCUCUGGCAGGAGUAUGCCAAGGCAGAUGCGCGAUGGGGCGGCGCGGAUUUGGGAGUGGUCAGCCUUGAACUGUUAACAGUCUUCCUUGGCGGCCCGAUUGCUUCCUACAUCUGCUAUCUUCUCACAAAAGGAUACGGCAGCACAGGUACUACGGGUAGUAAUGGCUUUGGUGGAAAGCUGGUCUUUUGGAUGACCGUACUGGCUACUGGCGAGCUCUAUGGAGGAUUCAUGACCUUUUGCCCCGAAUGGCUGACUGGCAGUCCGAAUCUUGACACCAGCAAUUUCAUGUAUCUAUGGGUAUACCUGGUUUUCUUUAACAUGUUGUGGGUAGUCAUUCCAUUCUGGAUCUUGUACGAGACUUAUAGAUCUAUGACGGGAGCGUCGCCAUUGAGCGAGGCAGUUGCUUCCUCCAAGGACAGCAAGAAGUUGAAAUAGAGUCCCUGUCUGAGAAAUUUGAAGUAGUUGUAAAGCCAGUAGUGAACUGCGUCGGUACUUUGACUUUCUAUAGUGCUCGAGAACCUGGCAAAGAGCAGAAAAUAAGGGCCUUCAUGCCACACUCAAAUCUUAGACAAGUUACACAGGCAAUCGUUGCAUACCUCUAGUUAAAGUUGCAGAUGGGGGCUUGCAUGAACCACAGCACCUGCUCACCCGGUAUUUCUCAGGGGCGGCUAGAAUUCUUGCAAAAAUAAACACUCAC